AUGGAGUCUGAAACAAAGAUUUCCAAAGCAAACACCAAAUUCUCACUGGCUUUGUUUAAAAAGCUGAAAGAGGAAUUGGAAGACAAAGCUGGGAAUGUGUUCUACUCCCCGUUCAGCAUCUCUGCAGCUCUGGCGAUGGUGAUGCUGGGAGCCAGAGCAAACACCGCCACACAGAUGUCGGAGGUGCUGCGCUUCUCGGAGCCCGAAGCCCUGUGUCCAAUGCAGACUGACCGGCCGUACCUCAUGCAGUCGCAGAUGCAGACGCGUAUGCAGAUGAGGACGCAGAUCCAGAGAACCAGCCGUCUCCCUGAUUACAUCCGCAAGUGCCUUAAACCUGAUGACGCGAAGGACGAUGUGGACUUCAGCUUUGAACAGUUGUUUGUUGAACUUGACAAACCUGAUGCACUGUACGCCUUGGCCAUCGCCAACAGGUUGUAUGGGGAGAAAACCUAUUCAUUUGAUGAGGAUUUUUUGUCAAAAACAAAGAAACACUACAGUGCAGAAUUGGAGCCUGUCGACUUUGUCACCAAUGCAGAAACGUCCAGGAUCCACAUCAACAACUGGGUGGAAGAAAAGACUCAAGGUAAAAUAGCGGACCUGCUGUCUGCAGAGGUGGUGGAUAGUUCCACAAAGCUAGUGCUUGUAAACGCUAUUUACUUCAAGGGCAAAUGGAGCUCUCAGUUUAAAGAGGAGUACACGACUGACGCAGAGUUUCGACUGAGCAAGACAACAACAAAACCAGUAAAAAUGAUGAUGCUGGAAACAGAAUUCCAUUUCAGUUUUGUAGAAGAGGCAAACUGCAAGAUUGUAGAAUUACCAUAUGAAGGAGAUGACCUGAGUAUGAUCAUAAUGUUACCAAACGACAUCGAGGAUGAAACUACCGGCUUAGAAAAAUUGGAACAAGAAAUGACUUAUGACAAGUUUAAGAAAUGGACCAGUCGGGAUCAGAUGGCGUUUGUUUCAGUGGAAGUGAGUCUGCCCAGAUUCAAAAUGGAGGAGAGCUAUGACCUCAACAACGUACUCAUUUCUAUGGGCAUGACGGACGCUUUCGACAUGUUAAAAAGUGACUUUUCUGGCAUGUCUUCUGCCAACGACCUGGUUCUGUCAAAGGUGGUGCAUAAAGCAUUUGUGGAGGUGAACGAAGAGGGGACAGAGGCGGCUGCGGCCAGUGGAGCAGUUAUGACGGAGAGAGCGGCUAUAAUCACAGAAAGAUUCACUGCAGACCAUCCAUUUCUCUUCUUCAUUAGACACAACCGCUCCAACACGGUCCUCUUCGCUGGACGAUUCUCUUCACCUCAAUAA